AUGCCUCCCGGAGUCGAUGCGAUGACCUUGGCGCUGCGAGCCAAGAGUAAAUUCGGAUUCGUCGAUGGAUCCCUCUCGAAACCGACCGAUGCAAUCUUAAUUGACAAUUGGGGACGCUGCAACGAUCUUGUUAGCAGUUGGAUCCUUAACUCCGUCUCUCCAGAGAUUCGUCCUAGUAUCUUGUAUGCUGAAACCACAAGUCAAAUAUGGAACGACCUCAACGAGCGCUUCUCUCAGUCAAACGCGCCAAAAAUUUACCAACUCAAGCAUUCAAUCUCUGCCCUCAAACAAGAGGGAAUGACGGUUUCAUUUUAUUUCACCCAACUUAAAUCACUUUGGGAUGAGUUGAGCAAUAUUCUUCCUAUCACACCAUGCAUAUGUGGUAAUGCUAAGUCUGUUCUCGAUCAACAACAUCAAGAUCGAGCCAUAGAAUUCCUUCAAGGACUCCACGACAAAUACUCGGUGGUGCGCAGCCAGAUUCUACUCAUGGAACCGUUCCCGUCCAUCCAACGCAUCUACAAUCUCGUCCGAUAA